AUGAACGACAACGACGAUAUUAAUAAUAUUAUAAUCAUAGUACCUACACCAAUAUUAGAACAUGAACAAAAUCCCGUAUCACCUACAACUACACCGUUAAAUCAAAAUUCAAUAAACAAUUGUGAUUCAUUGGCAAAUAAUAAUGCUGAUGAUACUUGUUCAAGUUCGGAUCAACAUGAAAAUUUAAGAAAUUCAAUUCUUAAUAAAAAUUCAAAUAGACGAAAACAAAGUAAACCAAACAGAUUGGCUGCUAAUGAUCGUGCCGAUGCACUCCCAUCAACAACAAAUACAACACCAUCAGCGGAUCAAACCGAUCUUGCUAGUCCAAAAUCAUUAGAAACUGAAUCUGAAUCACCCACAUUGAAAGCAUCGACAUCUGAAAAUGAGUCAAGUGGAUAUCACACAUUGUAUCACGUAGCUGCAAGUAUGAUUGAAGAUGAAGAAGAAGAAGAAGAAGAACGUGAUACGUGUGAUCGAAUUAGUUUAAAUUGUGAAGAUGGUUCAUGUGAUACAUCUCGUUCACCAUCAUCAUAUAUGCCCGAAGAACAUUAUGCAAUGGAAGAUAUAAUUAAUCGUACAUCCGAAAAACAACAACGUCAACGACGAAAUACAACAGAUAUGAAUGGUGAACAACAAGAACGAAAUGUUUCAUCAUCUAGUUCCGCUCCAACAAAUAAUAAUCAUGAUGAAGAGGAAGAAGUACUUGAUUUUAGUUUAAAAGAAAAAUCAAAAACAAGUAACGGUUCUCUAGCACGAACUGUACAUGGAAAAAUAAAUACAAGUUCAAAAGCAUUUAAAAAAAGUCAUCAUAAUCAACUUUCACAAAUAAAAUCGAUGAGUAAUAAUAUGAUCGUCAAUGGAAUGAAACGUCAACAACAUGAACCAAAAAAAAUAUUUCAUGCUGAUGCCUUUUGUGCAAUUUGUAGAAAAGAAUUUUGCAAUAAAUAUUUCUUAAAAACCCAUUUGGCCAAUAAACAUGGAAUAUUCGAUCAAUCAUCAUCUCCCACAGCAACAACCACUACCACUACUUUAACCGAUUCUCCACCAAAUUCAUUGACAGUCAUAUCAACACUUUUAAAUGCAAAUGAUAUAAAUGAUUUGAAUGAUCUCAGUAGUCAUCGUCGUCUCUCAUCACCCUCUUCCAUGAUUAUUGACGAAGAUGAAGGAUUAGUUGUUGGAAACGAAACAGAAAAUGAGACUGAUUUACCUAGUCAUUGUUUGGACGAUGGAACGAAUUCGACAUGUUCAGUAGGCGGUACAAAUAGUGGAAAUGAUGGAUCUAUUCUUAACACAAGUCUAUCAGGAACACCAACAUCAAAAUCAUCGGCAAAACUACCGGAAGACUUUUGUGAUCUAUGUCAAAAACAUUUUUGCAACAAAUACUAUCUAAGGAAACAUAAAUUGGAUGUUCAUGGUGUGUACACUGAUUGUAAUAUUAAACCAUAUAAACGUAUCGAUAAUUCAACGAAAAAUUCUCAACAAUCACAACAACAGCAACCGCAAAACACAUCACAAAUACAGUCUUCAUCCUCAACUACUACUCAGCAAAAUACAUCUAUUAUCUCAACUAAUGUUCCAGUGACACCGCAAGCAUUUUCAAAUGUUUCAUUUAAUAGUGAGCACUUGUUCAUAUCUGUAGUAGAAAAUGCAGGAGCCUAUACAGUUGCCGCUGAAAAAGUCAAAGAAUCUUCUGUUCAACAAAGUCUUGGUUUAUUAUUAAAUCCAAUAUUUUCUCCUCUUAUCCCUCAACUUCCAUCGAACUUUGCAUCAUUGAAACGCGAUCAAACUACAUCAUCAACAACCAGUACUUCCUCGUCAAACGUUCUUGAAGCAGCUCAAUAUUUAACUGUUGCAUCCGAUGUUGCCAAUGCAUUCGCUAGUCAAUUACUUGCAUCAGCAGCAACAGCUAAUACGAUAUCUACAUCUACUACAAAUGGUACUAACACAUCUUCUACUACUCCAGCUACGAACAAAUAUUCUCGUGAAUCACUUGAUUCAAACACAAACGAAAAUAUUUCCACAUGUUAUUUAUGUGGAAAAAAAUUUCAAUCCAACGAUUUUUUACAUUUACAUAUGAUUAAUAAACAUGGACUACAUAGCGGUGAACCCGGUAGUAUCAUAUCGUCAGAUCAUUCUCAACAACAGCAUCAACAAAAAACAACUAAACCAUUAAAACAAUUAUCAAAAAUUAAAUUAGAACCAAACGAAACUUUAACGACUACAACAACAUCAGUUGUAAUCAAAUCACCACAACCUAAUUUAUUGACAACAACGUCAAAUUCGACUAGUCAAGCAACGCCAGUAAUAAGUGGAAUUGUUGAUACUUAUUUUGCAGCUAAAAUGGCUGAUCGUGUUUCUUGCGAUGUUUGCCAUAAACAAGUAUGUAAUAAAUAUUUUCUCAAAACUCACAAAUUAAAAGUACAUGGCGCAUCCGUUAUUGAAAACGGUGCCAGUAAUGAUGAUUAUCCAUCGAUAAAAAGUGAACCUCAAAUUCCUGUUACAACAAAAUUAGAAAAUGAAAAUACACCACUUAUUUUUGAUAUUAAUUCCACCUCAGCUCAAUCUCAACAACAAAGCGCUGAACCAGGUGCUAUUUUAGUUGUACCAAGUCCAGAUGAAUUAACAUCAGCUGUCAGUGGUUUUUAUGAUAGAAAUAACGGUAUAGAUGAAACAUUUGAGGAAAUUCAAUGCGAUGUAUGUUCGAAACCAUUUAAAUCAAAAUUUUUAUUACAUGUUCAUUUAUCAAAUGUUCAUGGAAUACAACAACAAUCAGCAAAAACGGUAACAGAAAAUGAAACAAUAUCAACAACUUCAACUACAGCAACAAAAUCAUCGAGACGUUUGUCAAAUAAUAAUUCAAAAUCAAAAUCGACACCACAAGUACAAUUAAGAGUUACGUGUCAAGUAUGCAAAAAAGAAUUAUGUAAUAAAUAUUUUCUUCGUGCUCAUAUGUCAAAUGUUCACAAUAUUUCUCUGGAUGAUUUACGUUUGAUGUCUGUAUCGUCUUCAACAUCAUCUAGUUCAACUUCAAAUACUUCUAUAUCAAAAUUAUCAAAUACUAAUCAUCGCAAGUCAUUAUCAUCUUCUGCACAAAAUAUUUCUUUAACAUCUAUUAUACCUCAAACGACAACAAUUAUUGUUCCACCAACAAAACCAUCUAUAAUGAAAGCAGAACAUUCUCAAUCACUUUCACCAGCUACGCUAAAAUGUGAAUUAUCCGUUUCGGAUGGUGAUGAAGAUGAACAACAACAAAAUCAAGAAGGAGAAAAAUUAACAAACGGUAUUCAUCGAAAAUAUUCCACUGAAGUUGAUUUUAAUCAAGAUGAAAAAGGAUUAAAAACAAAUACUGAUUUAUUAUUAUCGAUGCAACCAUUUCUUGUUGAAAGUGAUGAUGAUUUAUAUAAAGAUUUAUUUGUUCCAUGUAUGGUCUAUUUACCUGUUAAAUCGAAACUUACAAAACCUUUACAAGUAUCGUUAAAAUUAAAACCAGUUGAUGCAUUGAGUGGUGCCGAACAAACGACUUAA